CCCGAGGGAAUCCCCCCAUCCCCGGCUCCUCUCCCGUCGCUCCCAGGCUCGCUCGGACCCGCAGGAAAAUGUCCCCGUUCCUGGACAGCAUCUCCACCAUCGUCAGCGUCUUCCAGCGGCGCGCCCGCGGCACCGGGGACGGCUCCCGCCUGAGCCGCGGCAGCGUCCGGGAGCUCAUCCUCCGGGAAUUCGGGGAUGCCCUCGAGAAGCCACAAGACCCUCAGACCCUGGAGAAGAUCCUGCAGUUCCUGGAGUGGGGAGGGGACGGCGACAUCGAUUUUAACGAAUUCCUCAUCGUGGUGUUCAGGGUGGCCAAAUGCUGCUUCUGGUCCGUGCCCCGGGMGCCGUUCCUGGUGCAGAGGACGCGGAUCCCGAGCGGCGCCAGAUCCCUCCGGGAGCCCGAAAUCAGGAGCCGCGGGAGCCGCCGGCAGCUCCCGGAGGAUGAGGAGGAGGAGGARGAACGGGAAACCCGGGAGAGGAACCGCCGGCGGGCCCGGGAGGAUGAGCCGGAACGAGAGCUCAGGGUCGGGGAAAUCGCGGAGGGGAGCGGGAGGGAGCGGCGGGAACCGCGCGGGGAGCCGGGAAUCCCUCGGGAAUACCGGGAGGAGGAGGAACCGAUCCCUCCGGAAUACCGGGAGCCGGGAAUCCCUCGGGAAUCCCGGGAGCGGAGCCGGGAGCCGGCCGAGCCGCGGGAGAGCCGGAGGAGGCGGCGGCAGCCCCCGGAGCCGGACCGGCGGGACGACGGCAGAGACCGGGAGGGAUUUCCCGAGGAAGAAACGGCGGAGGCGAGGAGCGAGGGGAUAAACCGGGAAUCGCAGCGGUGGAGCCGCCAGGAGCGGGGCGGGGAUGGGAGAGCGCAGCGGCCGCGGGGAGGGGACGAUCGGGACCGGGAGCGGCUCCGGGAAGAGCGGAGCCGGCAGCGGCAGCGGGAGAUGGAACAGAGAGAACGGGAAGGGAGGAACCGCCGGGAGGGAGAGACGGAAUGGCCGGAGAGCCGCCGGCCGCACCAGGGGUACCUGGAGGAACCGUCCGAGAUCGAUAUCGGGCAGGGCGAGAGGAGACGGGAAAUUCGGGAAAUUCGUGAACUGGAAGCCGAUGGAAGGAGAGAAAGAGAAUCAGUGAGAUACGAAAGGGACAGAGAGACCUCGGUGGGUGCAGCAGCUGAAGCCGAUGUGAAAAUCCGCAGAGAGAUCCGGGAACGGGAACCGCGAGAGGAGCUGAGGAGGAGAGAACGACCCCGGGAACGUGAGGAGGAAGCAGAACCGGAGAGAACUUCCCGGGUCAGAGAGAGGGAGGAGAUUGUGAGGGAGAGAAGAAUCGAUCGGGAACGGGAACGGGACCUGGAGGGCUCUGAGCGCCGGAGCCGCCGGACACGGGAACGGGAGGAAGAAGUGACCGCGAUCGGGCCGAGAGAGGCCCGGGAGAGACGGGAAAUUCGUGACAUUGAAGCCGAUGGAAGGAGAGAACGAGAAUCAGUGAGAUACGAAAGGAGAAGAGAGACCUCGGUGGCUGCAGCAGCUGAAGCCGAUGUGAAAAUCCGCAGAGAAAUCCGGGAACGGGAACCGCGAGAGGAGCUGAGGAGGAGGGAACGACCCCGUAUUUUUGAAGAUGAAGAGAGAGAAAUUUCCCGAGAAAGAGACCGGGAAGAGACCGUGAGGGAGAGGAGAAUCGAUCGGGAACGGGAACGGGAGCUGGAGGGCUCUGAGGGCCGGACACGGGAACGGGAGGAAGAAGUGACCGCGAUCAGGCAGAGAGAGGCACGGGAGAGACGGGAGAGGGAAAUUCGUGAGAUUGAAGAUGAUGGAAGGAGAGAACGAGAAUCAGUGAGGUACGAAAGGAGAAGAGAGACCUCGGUGGCGGCAGCAGCUGAAGCCGAUGUGAAAAGCCGCAGAGAAAUCCGGGAGCGGGAACCGCGAGAGGAGCUGAGGAGGAGAGAACGACCCCGUGUUUUUGAAGAUGAAGAGAGGAGAAUUCUCCAGGGCAGAGAGAGGGAAGAGAUCGUGAGGGAGAGAAGAAUCGAUCGGGAACGGGAACGGGACCUGGAGGGCUCCGAGCGCCGGAGGCGGGAACGGGAGGAAGAAGUGACCGCGAUUCGGCAGAGAGAGGCCCGGGAGAGACGGGAGCGGGAAAUUCGUGACAUUGAGGCCGAAGGAAGGAGAGAACGAGAUUUUGAAAGGAGAAGAGAGACCUCGGUGGCUGCAGCAGCUGAAGCCGAUGUGAAAAUUCAGAGAGAGAUCCGGGAACGGGAACCACGCGAGGAGCUCAGGAGGAGGGAACGACCCCGGGAACGUGAGGAGGAAGAGAGAGAAAUUUUCCGUGGCAGAGAGAGGGAAGAGACCGUGAGGGAGAGAAGAAUCGAUCGGGAACGGGAGCGGGACCUGGAGGGCUCUGAGCGCCGGACACGGGAACGGGAGGAAGAAGUGACCGCGAUCGGGCAGAGAGAGGCGCGGGAGAGACGGGAAAUUCGGGAAAUUCGUGAACUCGAAGCCGAUGGAAGGAGAGAACGAGAUUUACUGAGCUAUGAAAGGAGAAGAGAGACCUCGGUGGCUGCAGCAGCUGAAGCCGAUGUGAAAAUCCGCCGAGAGAUCCGGGAACGGGAACCGCGAGAGGAGCUGAGGAGGAGAGAACGGGAACGGGAGCGGGAGGAGGAAGAGAGAGAAAUUUCCCGGGAAAGAGACCGGGAAGAGACCGUGAGGGAGAGGAGAAUCGAUCGGGAACGGGAGCGGGACCUGGAGGGCUCUGAGCGCCGGAGGCGGGAGCUGGAGGAAGAAGUGACCGCGAUCGGGCAGAGAGAGGCACGGGAGAGACGGGAGAGGGAAAUUCGUGAGAUUGAAGAUGAUGGGAGAAGAGAAUCAGUGAGGUACGAAAGGGACAGAGAGACCUCGGUGGCUGCAGCAGCUGAAGCCGAUGUGAAAAUCCGCAGAGAGAUCCGGGAACGGGAACCGCGAGAGGAGCUGAGGAGGAGAGAACGACCCCGUGUUUUUGAAGAUGAAGAGAGGAGAAUUCUCCAGGGCAGAGAGAGGGAAGAGACCGUGAGGGAGAGAAGAAUCGAUCGGGAACGGGAACGGGAGGGCUCUGAGCGCCGGAGGCGGGAACGGGAGGAAGAAGUGACCGCGAUCGGGCAGAGAGAGGCACGGGAGAGACGGGAGAGGGAAAAUCGGCAAAUUGAGGCCGAUGGAAGGAGAGAACGAGAAACAGAGAGAUACGAAAGGGACAGAGAGAUCUCAGUGGCGGCAGCAGCUGAAGCCGAUGUGAAAAUCCGCAGAGAGAUCCGAGAACGGGAACCGCGAGAGGAGCUGAGGAGGAGAGAACGACCCCGUGUUUUUGAAGAUGAAGAAAGGAGGAUAAUCCAGGGUAGAGAGAGGGAAGAGACCCUGAGGGAGAGGGGAAUAGAUCGGGAACGGGAGUUGGAGGGCUCUGAGCGCCGGACACGGGAACGGGAGGAAGAAGUGACCGCGAUCGGGCAGAGAGAGGCACGGGAGAGACGGGAAAUUCGGGAAAUUCGUGAAAUUGAGGCCGAUGGCAGGAGAGAACGAGAUUUCCUGAGCUAUGAACGCAGAAGAGAGACCUCGGUGGCUGCAGCUGAAGCCGAUGUGAAAAUCCGCCGAGAGAUCCGGGAACGGGAACCGCGAGAGGAACUGAGGAGGAGAGAACGACCCCGUGUUUUUGAAGAUGAAGAGAGAGAAAUUUCCCGGGAAAGAGACCGGGAGGAGAUUGUGAGGGAGAGAAGGAUCGAUCUGGAACGGGAACGGGAGGGCUCCGAGCGCCGGAGCCGCCGGACACGGGAACGGGAGGAAGAAGAAGCGACCGCCACUGAGCAGAGCGAGGGGAUCACCCUGGAGGUCCUGGAGGAGGAAGAGGAGGAGGAUUUGGAGCAGGAGCGCUGCCGGUACCAGACCGUGGACGUGGACACGGCCGAUCUGUGCCCCCCGGGCCAGGAGGCGCCGUUCAGCGAUCUCCGGGUCCGCUACGUCCCUUCCGAGCCCGAUGUCCGGCCCCGGCUCCGCGCUCUGCCCGGCCCCGCUGACCCCCAGACCGUCGCUUACCUGGUGCACGUGGUCCAGAGCGCCGAGGACCCCGAGGCCACCACCUACGAGAUCGUUUGUCACCCUCCGGGCCACCAGCGGGGCCAGCUCGGCGCUCCGCGGAAGUGCUCGGUGUCCCCGCGGCCGCAGCGCCCCGAGGCGCCGCCUUCCAAAUGCCGGGAAAGCUCCAAAGGUCCGGGUGAGGAAUCCGGGAAGGACGCGGCUCCCCGGGAUCCGGGCGUGAAGGGCGAGCGGGCAAAAUCCAAGGAAAUCCAGGAGGAGGAGCGGGAUCGCGGGGACGGAACCGGGAGGGAGAUCGGGAACGCGGAGAGANCGAGAGAGAGGAGAAUCCAUCGGGAGAGGGAACGGGAGCUGGAAAUCGCGGACAGGGAAAGGGAGGAAACGAGAGAGAGGAGAAUCCAUCGGGAGCGGGAACGGGAGCUGGAAAUCGCGGACAGGGAGAGGGAGAUUCGAGAGGAGAGGGAGAGGGAGGAAACGAGAAGAGAAGGGAGAACGGGGGAGAGAAGAAUUGAUCGAGAGCUGGAGCUGGAGGGCUCUGAGCGCCGGAGGCGGGAACGGGAGGAAGAAGUGACCGCGAUCAGGCAGAGAGAGGCCCGGGAGAGACGGGAGCGGGAAAUUCGUGAAAUUGAAGCCGAUGGAAGGAGAGAACGAGCAUCAGAGAGAUACGAAAGGAGAAGAGAGAUCUCGGUGGCUGCAGCAGCUGAAGCCGAUGUGAAAAUCCGCAGAGAGAUCCGGGAGCGGGAACCGCGUGAGGAGCUGAGGAGGAGAGAACGACCCCGUGUUUUUGAAGAUGAAGAGAGAGCAAUUUCCCGAGAACGAGACCGGGAGGAGAUUGUGAGGGAGAGAAGGAUCGAUCGGGAACGGGAGCGGGACCUGGAGGGCUCUGAGCGCCGGAGCCGCCGGACACGGGAACGGGAGGAAGAAGAGGCCGCCAUCAACCAGAGAGAGGCGCGGGAGAGACGGGAAAUUCAGGAAAUUCGGGAACUCGAAGCCGAUGGAAGGAGAGAAAAAGAAUCAGUGAGAUACGAAAGGGACAGAGAGACCUCGGUGGCUGCAGCAGCUGAAGCCGAUGUGAAAAUCCGCAGAGAAAUCCGGGAACGGGAACCGCGAGAGGAGCUGAGGAGGAGAGAACGACCCCGUGUUUUUGAAAAUGAAGAGAGAAGAAUUCUCCAGGGCAGAGAGAGGGAAGAGACCGUGAGAGAGAGAAGGAUCGAUCGGGAACGGGAGCUGGAGGGCUCUGAGCGCCGGAGCCGCCGGACACGGGAGCUGGAGGAAGAAGAGGCCGCCAUCCGGCAGAGAGAGGCGCGGGAGAGACGGGAAAUUCAGGAAAUUCGGGAACUCGAAGCCGAUGGAAGGAGAGAACGAGAUUUACUGAGCUAUGAAAGGAGAAGAGAGACCUCGGUGGCUGCAGCAGCUGAAGCCGAUGUGAAAAUCCGCCGAGAGAUCCGGGAACGGGAACCGCGAGAGGAGCUGAGGAGGAGAGAACGGGAACGGGAGCGGGAGGAGGAAGAGAGAGAAAUUUCCCGGGAAAGAGACCGGGAAGAGACCGUGAGGGAGAGGAGAAUCGAUCGGGAACGGGAGCGGGACCUGGAGGGCUCUGAGCGCCGGAGGCGGGAGCUGGAGGAAGAAGUGACCGCGAUCGGGCAGAGAGAGGCACGGGAGAGACGGGAGAGGGAAAUUCGUGAGAUUGAAGAUGAUGGGAGAAGAGAAUCAGUGAGGUACGAAAGGGACAGAGAGACCUCGGUGGCUGCAGCAGCUGAAGCCGAUGUGAAAAUCCGCAGAGAGAUCCGGGAACGGGAACCGCGAGAGGAGCUGAGGAGGAGAGAACGACCCCGUGUUUUUGAAGAUGAAGAGAGGAGAAUUCUCCAGGGCAGAGAGAGGGAAGAGACCGUGAGGGAGAGAAGAAUCGAUCGGGAACGGGAACGGGAGGGCUCUGAGCGCCGGAGGCGGGAACGGGAGGAAGAAGUGACCGCGAUCGGGCAGAGAGAGGCACGGGAGAGACGGGAGAGGGAAAAUCGGCAAAUUGAGGCCGAUGGAAGGAGAGAACGAGAAACAGAGAGAUACGAAAGGGACAGAGAGAUCUCAGUGGCGGCAGCAGCUGAAGCCGAUGUGAAAAUCCGCAGAGAGAUCCGAGAACGGGAACCGCGAGAGGAGCUGAGGAGGAGAGAACGACCCCGUGUUUUUGAAGAUGAAGAAAGGAGGAUAAUCCAGGGUAGAGAGAGGGAAGAGACCCUGAGGGAGAGGGGAAUAGAUCGGGAACGGGAGUUGGAGGGCUCUGAGCGCCGGACACGGGAACGGGAGGAAGAAGUGACCGCGAUCGGGCAGAGAGAGGCACGGGAGAGACGGGAAAUUCGGGAAAUUCGUGAAAUUGAGGCCGAUGGCAGGAGAGAACGAGAUUUCCUGAGCUAUGAACGCAGAAGAGAGACCUCGGUGGCUGCAGCUGAAGCCGAUGUGAAAAUCCGCCGAGAGAUCCGGGAACGGGAACCGCGAGAGGAACUGAGGAGGAGAGAACGACCCCGUGUUUUUGAAGAUGAAGAGAGAGAAAUUUCCCGGGAAAGAGACCGGGAGGAGAUUGUGAGGGAGAGAAGGAUCGAUCUGGAACGGGAACGGGAGGGCUCCGAGCGCCGGAGCCGCCGGACACGGGAACGGGAGGAAGAAGAAGCGACCGCCACUGAGCAGAGCGAGGGGAUCACCCUGGAGGUCCUGGAGGAGGAAGAGGAGGAGGAUUUGGAGCAGGAGCGCUGCCGGUACCAGACCGUGGACGUGGACACGGCCGAUCUGUGCCCCCCGGGCCAGGAGGCGCCGUUCAGCGAUCUCCGGGUCCGCUACGUCCCUUCCGAGCCCGAUGUCCGGCCCCGGCUCCGCGCUCUGCCCGGCCCCGCUGACCCCCAGACCGUCGCUUACCUGGUGCACGUGGUCCAGAGCGCCGAGGACCCCGAGGCCACCACCUACGAGAUCGUUUGUCACCCUCCGGGCCACCAGCGGGGCCAGCUCGGCGCUCCGCGGAAGUGCUCGGUGUCCCCGCGGCCGCAGCGCCCCGAGGCGCCGCCUUCCAAAUGCCGGGAAAGCUCCAAAGGUCCGGGUGAGGAAUCCGGGAAGGACGCGGCUCCCCGGGAUCCGGGCGUGAAGGGCGAGCGGGCAAAAUCCAAGGAAAUCCAGGAGGAGGAGCGGGAUCGCGGGGACGGAACCGGGAGGGAGAUCGGGAACGGCCCGAGGGCUGCGGAGCCCCGGGAAGCAUCCCGGGAUGAGGAGCGGAGAGAUCUCGGAGAGAACCGGGAAUCCCGGGAAUCUCGGGAAUCCCGGGAUGCGGAGCGGAGAGAUCGCGGAGAGAACCGGGAAUCCCGGGAAUCUCGGGAAUCUCGGGAAUCCCGGGAUGCGGAGCGGAGAGAUCCUGGAGAGAAUCGGGAAUCUCGGGAAUCUCGGGAAUCUCGGGAAUCCCGGGAUGCGGAGCGGAGAGACACCGGAGAGAAUCGGGAAUCUCGGGAAUCUCGGGAAUCCCGGGAUGCGGAGCGGAGAGAUCCUGGAGAGAACCGGGAAUCAUCCCGGGAUGCGGAGAGGAGAGAUCGUGGAGAGAACCGGGAAUUCCGGGAAUCUCGGGAAUCCCGGGAAUCUCGGGAAUCUCGGGAAUCUCGGGAAUCCCGGGAUGUGGAACGCAGAGACCCCGGAGAAAACCGGGAAUCCCGGGAUGAGCAGAGCCGGGAUCCCACCCGAGACGCCCCGAGCCGCCCCCGGGAUGAAUCCAAAAAGUCCUAAAAGAAUUCCGGGGUGUCCAGGGGGGUUUUGGGGUUUUUUUCCGGGAUAAAUYCCCGGCAGGAAGGGAGAUCCCGCUGAACCCUCCUGCCAGCUGUGUCCCUUCCKUAUUUAAUCAAUUUUCUGCUCUCGUUUAAUUAAUUUUCUGCUCUAAUUGGAGCCUUUUUGCACCCUGGGGUGUCACCGCUCAGCUCCCCCCGGCCCCGGGGCUGGGGAUCCUCUGGAAAAAAUCAGCAUUUGGGGGGCUGAAAAUCCUCAAAAAAUAUCACUUUUGAGGCCUGGAAAUAUUUUUUAAAAAUCACUUAGGGAGUCUGAAAAUCCUCCCCAAAAAAUCACUUUUAGGGUCUAAAAAUCCUAAAAAAAAAUCCCUUUGGGGUCUGAAAAUCCUAAAAAAAAAUCCCAAAAUACUUUUGUGGUCCAAAAAUCCUCCAAGCUGGGAAAAAUCCCGGUUUUUUUUAGGAUUUAAUCCAGAAUUCCAGCUGCAGGCCCGGGGGUCGGAGCAGCCGCAGGGUCCCGGUGGUGGGUGGGGGAUUUUUCUCCUUUUUUUUCCUUUUUUUUCCUUUUUUUUCCUUUGUUUUUUUUCCUUUUCCUGGUUCCCCCUGUCUGUAUCGCAUGGAAAACAGGAAUAAAUAAACGGUUCAUUCCUGCA